UCAAAGCUGUACACCGCGCAACGGGGAAAACGGCAGAAGGAAAACGCGACCUCUCUCUCUCUCUCUCUCUCUCUCUCUCUCUCUCUGCGGCAACCCGCACUCCGCCGCCGCGCGCGAUCCAAUGGAGGAGGUGCAGGCGGCCGUGACGGCGCACCUGGACCAGGUGUCAGGCCUCGUGCAGGCGCUCUCCUCCGAGCUCCGCAGCGGGAUCGGCCCCGCCGCCGACAGCCUGCUCGCCUUCGUCCGCGCCGUCGACUGGACGGAGCCAUGGCUGGUGUGCUUGAUGGCAUUCCACGCGGGCCUGCUGCUGACGGCCGUCGGGCUGAGGAGGAAUGCCAACCUGCAGUUCUUCUUCUUGUUUCUUGCUUAUUCAGGGGUGUAUCUAGCUGAAAAGAUAAACAUCUACCUAGCAGAGCACUGGAAGAUCUUCGCCAGCCGGAAUUACUUUGACCGUGCUGGAGUUUUCAUCUCCGUUGUUUGGUCUGGCCCCCUUGUCUUCAUAUCUAUCGUCACCGUGGUUAGCUCUCUUAUGACACUAUGUCAGUUAAUGGUGAAAUGGAAGAGAGCAGAACUAAGGCAUCGGGGUCGUCUUGCUCGUGACAAAGAGGAAUGAUUUAAUAUCCUAUUUUGGAAGAAGGGAAGUAGAGUGUUGAAUUGUUGAUCUUAGUCAGUGCUUGGAUCUCAGAGGGAUGCGCAGUUACCAAGUACUGUAAAUGCUUCAUCUGCUAUCAGCAUAGCAUGUACUCCAUCUUCAGCUGCUCUUUCUUAGUAGUGUAUUUCUAUUAUUCCCUGGGGUCAUCAACUUGGGUAAUGGUUAGGUAUACGGAAAACUAGAUAGAUGUUGUAUCUGGCUCCAUCCUGUUUUAUUUGUAGCUAACCCGACGAUGUAAGUUUGUUUGAUAUCUGGUAUGAUACAUCUGCAAAACCACA